GAGUAACUUACGGAAAGAUGAUCCAAAAUCGGACAUCUAUCGUUAUGCAAUCCAGCCCCAGCUAUCAAAUGACGGAUUGGCAAGUGAUGGAAAACCGAUUAGGAAAAAGAAAAAGUUGAAAAAAAUUCAAAAAGAGGAUUUUGAGAAUAUAAGAGUUGAAAUGAACAUGGUGGAGCACAAAUGUUCCCUGCAAGAACUGGCAGAUAGAUUGGGCGUCAACUUUGAAACGGGUAUCAGUCAGGACCGAGCCAAAUACACGCUGGAAAGAGAUGGUCCCAACGAGUUGAGUCCCCCGCGUACGACUCCGGAGUGGGUUAAAUUUAGCAAACAUUUGUUUAGUGGAUUCUCCAUUUUGUUGUGGACAGCAGCCAUCUUGUCGUUUAUCGUUUUUUCCGUUGAAUCGGCCACUCAGGAAAUUCCGGCGCCAGAAGAUUUGUACUUGGGUUUUGUGUUAGUUGGCAUCAUCAUCGUCAAUGGCGCCUUCUCUUAUUAUAUGGAAGUGAAGAGUUCAUACAUCGUCGAAUCAUUCAAAGAUUUGGCCCCACAGUUUGCAACGGUGUACAGGAAAGGAGAGAAGAUGAACGUGCACGCUGAAGAGUUGGUGGUCGGUGACAUCGUCGAAGUGAAGCCUGGAGAUCGCAUUCCCGCUGACCUCAGGUUGAUCAUUACCAGGGGCUUCAAGGUAGACAAUUCAGCACUGACAGGGGAAUCGGAGCCGAAAGUGCGAACAGCUGAUUACACUAAUGAAAACCCACUGGAAACGAGAAAUCUCGUCUUCUAUUCAACGACUGUCGUUGAAGGCAUGGCUCGUGGUGUUGUGAUAGCGACAGGUGACCGAACCGUGAUGGGCCGAAUAGCGAAUAUGUCGGCUCGCAUGGAGCUAGGUUCUGAAUCGUUGCUCAGUCAAGAGUUGCAGUACUUGAUUCUCAUUUUGUCGAUAAUCGGUGGCUCUCUGUCUCUUCUCUUCUUUUUCAUCGCUCUUAUUGAUCAGUUCUUCUGGAUCGAUGCACUCAGAUUCCUGGUCGGUAUCAUCAUCGCCUGCGUUCCUGAAGGGUUGCUGCCCACUAUAACGAUGUGUCUAGCCAUCUCGUCCAUGAAAAUGUCCUACAAAAACUGCAUGGUCAGAAACUUGGAAGCCAUCGAAACGUUGGGCUCAACCUCUGUUAUAUGCUCAGACAAGAGUGGAACUCUCACACAAAAUAAGAUGAAGGUGUCGAGAAUGUGGUUCGACAAUCAGAUAUUUAAUGCUGAUUUCUCCCUUAACCAAGAAAACGCCGAGUACAGUCGAACGAUGCCCAGUUGGAUGGCCCUGGCCAGGGCUGCCAUGCUCUGCAACAGGGCUGAGUUUGUGAACCCCAUGGAUAACACCGACCCGAUGAAACGGCCGUGUUCCGGAGACCCACUGGAGGUGGCCAUCUUGAGAUUUUUGGAGUGCAGCAUCGGAAACACGUACGACUUCCGGACGAGGAACAGGAAAGUUUGUGAGAUCGCCUUCAACAAAACCAUCAAGUAUCAGGUUUCCAUUCACGAAAUGGACGACGCGAAAGACCCCCGCUACCUCUUGGUGAUGACCGGUGCCCCGGAGCGAGUGUUCGACCGCUGCUCAACCAUUCUGGUGAACGGCGCCGAGCAAAGAAUCAAUUCCACGUGGCGGCUGGCCUUCCACAACUCGUUCCUCGCUCUUGGAGAGUUGGGCGAAAGUGUCAUCGGGGUCGUUGAUUCUCGCUUGCCACUGGAACAAUAUCCAAUCAAUUAUCAGUUCGAUCCGGACGCGGAGAACUUUCCACAAACUGGAUUGAGAUUUUUGGGAUUGAUAACAACUGUCGAUCCACCGAAAGCAUCCGUGCCCUCUGCUGUAGCCAAAUGCAAAAGUGCUGGAGUUAAGGUUAUAAUGAUAACAGGCGACCAUCCAAUCACAGCGAAGGCAAUUGCGAAGGGAAUGGGAAUCAUUUCAGAACGCAGUGAAUGUGCUGAUGACAUUGCUGCCAGGCUUAACAUCCCCAUCACUGAAGUCAAUCCUAGAGAUGCCCAGGCAUGCGUGAUUCAUGGCUCUGACUUGAGGGACUUAACAUUCACCCAACUCCAAAACAUCCUGUACAACUACGACGAACUCGUGUUCGCCCGCACCAACCCUCACCAGAAACUGAUCAUCGUGGAGGCCUGCCAGAAGCAAGGGAACGUCGUCGCAGUUACUGGCGAUGGUGUCAACGAUACACCGGCUCUUAAAAAAGCCGAUAUCGGAAUAGCAAUGGGUUUGCAAGGCAGUGACGUCAGCAAGCAAUCCGCUGACGUCAUUCUACUCGACGACAACUUUGCAUCGAUCGUCUUCGGCAUCGAAGAAGGUCGCAUAUCAUUCGACAACAUCAAGAAGACUGUCCUCUUCACGCUGACGAGCAACAUCGCAGAAAUUGCAGCCUUCCUCCUCUUCAUCAUCGCUCGAAUCCCACUUCCGCUGGGAGCUCUGACGAUCUUGGUCAUCGACCUCGGCACGAAUUUGAUCCCCGGAAUGAGUCUAGCGUUUGAGAGGGAGGAGUUCAACGCGGAGGUCAUGAACCGGCCGCCCAGAGAUGUUAAAACCCAAAAGAUACUCUCCAGGCAAAUGUUAAGCUUGGCGUUUGGUCAGUUAGGCCUCAUAGAAAUGGCCGGUGCUUUCUUCAUGUACUUCGCCAUUAUGGCUGAAAGUGGUUUCUGGCCAGCGAGAUUGCUUGGUUUGCGAGAUGUUUGGCUCAUGAGAGGAAUCAACGACGUUGAAGAUGCUUACGGGCAGGAGUGGUCGUGGGGGCACAGAAUGGUGCUGAUGUACACGUGCCAGACGGCAUUCUUCGCGGCCCUGGUCAUCCAACAGUGGGCUACCGUCAUCGUCUGUAGAGCCAGGAAAUCUUGCUCCUCCUGGCAAAAACCAAAUGCAGUUUUAAACAUAAGCUUGUUCUUCAACACGUUCCUCCUCUUGUUCUUCAUAUACUGUCCCGGCCUGGACAGAGGAAUAAGGAUGUAUCCGCUGAGGUGGAGUUGGUUGUUCGCGCCCAUACAGUUCAUGAUCCUUAUAUUCGUCUACGAUGAGUUCAGGAAGUUGAUAAUUUACUAUUCUCCCGGGUUAUUUAUCGAACACGAAACAUUGUACUAAUUUGAGAGACAUAUUAUUAUUAUUAUUAUUAGUUAUUAUAUUUUGUAUUUUUCGUCUAACUAUUCGUCAUUUCUUAUCAUUGUCAUACACACACACACACACACACACAUAUAUAUAUAUAUAUAUACACAUAUAUACACACACAUAUAUAUACACACACAUUAUUUAACAUUGACUUGAUUUUUAAAUGUACAAUAAUUAAUUUUUUAUUCUUUUCUGUGUCAGAGUACAAAUAAGAGUUUAGAUUCAA